AUGAAGACAUCUUGGAGCUUUAAUUGCGGAGUUUUGCUGCUUUGCUUGAUUUUGUGCUCUGGUCAGAAUGUCACAGGGUCGAAAGAUAGCGAAAGACAACGGCAGGCCAUCUACGUGAAGUCCUUGCUGGAGUCAACCUCAUCGGAGCCCUCAACGAGCUCCUUUAGCACCAUCACCCCGACUCCCAAUCCCGAAGGCCACCCGACUGCCAAGUCCUCAGAUCAGACUCACGAAAUCGAUGAGGCGGAUGACAACUUUCACAACGAUCGUCUUCCUGCCCUUUCAGAGGAUGAGUUCAACAACCUGGGUGAAGACGCCAACCCGCUGCACUUCCUCAAGCAGCAGCCACUGGAUCUUGAAAAUGAGGAGCCGCUGCAGGAGUCACAGCUCCAAGUCCAAUCACAGCCCCAAUUGCCCAUGGUAGCUCCCCAAUCUGCCGGCUCACCCAUCUACAUAACUAUCCCCAUUUACAUCAGCACGGGUGGCCAGCUGCCCCUCACCCUGACCAUUGGCGACCAGGAGUUGUACCUGCGAAAGGCCAGUGGAUCUGGGUCCAGCCGGAGGAGUCCCUCCACCAAGGCACCCAACUCACACUUCAAUCGCCUGCUGCAGCAGAUUGAUUCGCCCAAGAGACGAACCACCAAUCGUCAUCGCAGUCAGCUCAAGAGUCACAUCUACGCGAUGAAGGAGAGGAAGGAUCGCAAGGAUCUAGUGUACCAUCCAAUGCAAUAA